UUUGCAAUGUUCACGAUGGGCGGAUUUUACCAGGCAGCCGGUCUCAUCACGAGGAGGGCAAUCUGAUGACAUCUAGUUACAACAUUUAAGCCAUACCACCAAGAAUCAGCGCGUUCAACGAAAAGCUAUCCUAUAUCGCUAAAGCUCAUCUGGAUCAACGAAGCUUUAUUCCAUACCGCCAGGAGUCAUCGAGUUCAACAAAGCUUUAUUCCAUACCGCCAGGAGCCAUCGAGUUCAACAAAGCUUUAUUCCAUACCACCAGGAGUCAGCGGGUUCAACGAACAUUUAAGCCAUACCACCAAGAAUCAUCGCGUUCAACGAAAAUCUAUGUCACAUCGGCCAAGAGGCAUCGGGUUCAACGAAACUUUAUGCCAUACCACCAGGAGUCAUCACGUUUAAACGGACUUCAAUCGGAGUAGAGAAAAAUUAUAUUCGAUAUCAGGGUGGAUAUUGUGUACGCUUAUUACUCUAUGUUCGAAGUUAACGCCGAGCCAUGUAGACAUUUGAUCGCAGUCUCAAUGGCAAUCAUACCACUCCUGACACUUUUACUUCUCAAGUUUGGAGGUGCUCUCGGGUUGAUGGUGGUAACAAAUACCCUAAGUAAUUCACGACCACGCCUCGGCGAAACGAUAACGCUCAACUGUACUGUGUCGUGUGGAGCCGGCAGCGUUAUCGGGUGGUACAUGUUCGCACAUGAUAGGAAUGAAACAAUACAUUUGUCGAACGAUUGUUCUGUUGUUGCAAAGGAGUAUAAAUCAAGAUUAACAAACACUAAAUGUGAUUCGAGUGAUGAUAACUAUAAUCACAUUUUUCAAUUAAGUAAUGUUCGAAUUUCGGACCGAGGGUUGUGGUACUGUCAAGCCGUUGUCAAUAUCAACUGGGCUCGAUCACGUAAGCUUGAAUUGACUGUUUUAGUUCCACCCCUCACCCCGACAGUCACAAAUCCAUCGCCUGUCAAAGUUGGAAAAACUGCAAAGUUCACCUGCAAUGCCGAAAAUGGAAGCGUCACGAAACCAGUCACGUACACGUGGACUAAAAAUGGCGACACUGUGUCACCAGGGACCAUUGAACCUGGUGCCCUGCUUUUCUCGCCCGCCAAGAAGAGUGAUGCCGGGAAAUAUGUCUGUGUCGCGAAAAAUGUUGCUGGAUCUAUGACAAGCAUUGAACAGGAUUUCGUUGUAUACUUUCCACCCCUCACCCCGACAGUCACAAAUCCAUCGCCUGUCAAAGUUGGAAAAACUGCCAAGUUCACCUGCAAUGCCGAAAAUGAAAACGUCACGAAACCAGUCACGUACACGUGGACUAAAAAUGGCGACACUGUGUCACCAGGGACCACUGAACCUGGUGCCCUGCUUUUUUCGCCCGUCAAGAAGAGUGAUGCCGGGAAAUAUGUCUGUGUCGCGAAGAAUGAUGCUGGAUCUAUGACAAGCAUUGAACAGGAUUUCAGAGUUGUAUCCUUUCCACCCCUCACCCCGACAGUCACAAAUCCAUCGCCUGUCAAAGUUGGAAAAACUGCCAAGUUCACCUGCAAUGCCGAAAAUGAAAACGUCACGAAACCAGUCACGUACACGUGGACUAAAAAUGGCGACACUGUGUCACCAGGGACCACUGAACCUGGUGCCCUGCUUUUUUCGCCCGUCAAGAAGAGUGAUGCCGGGAAAUAUGUCUGUGUCGCGAAGAAUGAUGCUGGAUCUAUGACAAGCAUUGAACAGGAUUUCAGAGUUGUAUCCUUUCCACCCCUCACCCCGACAGUCACAAAUCCAUCGCCUGUCAAAGUUGGAAAAACUGCAAAGUUCACCUGCAAUGCCGAAAAUGGAAGCGUCACGAAACCAGUCACGUACACGUGGACUAAAAAUGGCGACACUGUGUCACCAGGGACCAUUGAACCUGGUGCCCUGCUUUUCUCGCCCGCCAAGAAGAGUGAUGCCGGGAAAUAUGUCUGUGUCGCGAAAAAUGUUGCUGGAUCUAUGACAAGCAUUGAACAGGAUUUCGUUGUAUACUUUCCACCCCUCACCCCGACAGUCACAAAUCCAUCGCCUGUCAAAGUUGGAAAAACUGCCAAGUUCACCUGCAAUGCCGAAAAUGAAAACGUCACGAAACCAGUCACGUACACGUGGACUAAAAAUGGCGACACUGUGUCACCAGGGACCACUGAACCUGGUGCCCUGCUUUUUUCGCCCGUCAAGAAGAGUGAUGCCGGGAAAUAUGUCUGUGUCGCGAAGAAUGAUGCUGGAUCUAUGACAAGCAUUGAACAGGAUUUCAGAGUUGUAUCCUGUGUUAUUGAUGAUGGCCUUCUGGUUGGAGUCGGAGUCGGAGCUGCAGUCAUUGUAGCGAUAGCCAGCGUCGGUUCGGUCAUUGUUCUACGGAAACAUGCACUGGUACGUCGGAGAAAGAGGCAGAGCAGACAACCUGAAAAGGACACUGCAGAUUACGAUGAUACGAGGGUUGAAUUAACAACACUCGAGAAAAUGUCUGUAUAUGACGAUAUCGGGAGUGAUUAGUACGAAAGUUAUGUUUCUCACUGGGCAACCCGUUCCAGAACAUGGAGUACCUGGGAAUGCGUCUGCGUCCUCAGAUGAAGACGACGAUGUUUAAGAAUAUGUGCACAGUUACACGACCUUGAAGCAACACGACUGUAGGUAUUUCAGGUCAGAACACUAUUCCUGCUCCGAAGGUGAAUCGGGCGGAUCCGUAGUAUACUGUCCAUUACGAACACAUGCAAAGGAGGCCAGAGUCAAUAUACACAUACAACGACUUACCAAUCCUCUCACAGGGACAGCCAGACCGAAGCAAGGCCAAGAGUGAUUCUAGAGAAGUCGAUGGAGCCGAAUAUUUGACUCCAACUCGCUCGAGUGACAAUGUGUCUCACGUUAAUGAGUCACCAUAUGCACAUCUAGAGCCAAUGGAAACGAUACAGUAUUUAGAUUUCAGACAGCUGAGUCCGGAACAAUUGAUAGAGGUCGAUUUAUAAUUUUAAAGGAGGAACAUGGCCGUGUUUGUUCGUGGUUGUGAUGGUGGUGAUACCAAUACCGACGUACAGGUGGCGCCUGCAUAACCUGAUGUAUAUUUUUGCCAUUAUCGUUUUAUAUACUAUCGUAUUUUAUACAUGUAUUGUAAGGCGUAAAUAUGAAAAAUAGCGUAUACUGGAUUACUAUAUACAGUCGAAAAGAAUCUGGCAACCCUGGUGGUGGAGAGGGACACCAGUUGGCACAACUUUCAUGGCGACAUAAGAGACACAUGCUAAUGAUAAAGUGUUCCUUUAUUUAAAAUGUUCCGCGAAGCUUUUGUGUAUACUUUCACAUGUAAUCUGCAGCACAGUCUACAUAAGAAUUAUGUAAAAUAUGCCUCUAUGCCGUGUUUGAAUUAUGGUGUUCAUCAAAUUUCAGUGUUUCCAUACAACAGACAGAUGGAGAAACAGUGACUUUUCAAUAGGGGAAAACAGAGAAACACUUGUCAAUCUAUCUUUCAGCUUUCCCAAACAAUGAGGGGAACACUCGGAAAUACAAACACUCAACAACUGAAAUAACAAGUUUGAAAAUAUCCGUAAAACAUCGUUCGAACUGUCGGUCAGGAAUCUUUAAUUUGGAAAUACUAUUGAAUAUAAAACUGCGUCGCUCUCAUCCAAAUCGGGAGAAACACUCUCCGAGAAGAAGUCAACAUUCGACAAGACACAGUGCUUGGAGACCCUGUUGUAGGAGAAUGACAUACAGGCUUCCUUCUUCUCGCAGUUCCAAGCGCAGUCGAGUUUAAACUGGUACUCCUGUUCUUCGAGGCGAUACACGGCAGGGAUGGUUCCAUUCGCGUACUUCUUAAAUGUUGAAUCUUAAACAACGGACGGGUAGAUAUAAAAUGAGAAUGAAGAAUGGAACGAAAACAGUGGAUUAUGUCAAUCAUAUCUAAUCGAUUGAAAAAGGAAAUAAACACAUUACUGGUAUAUGUCUUGUUUGAAUUGAAGUAACGAAGCAUCAGUUCGUAUCGUUGAACAAUAAUUGACGAAAGCCACCACGAACAGCACAUCUAGGAACUACAUCAUUGGAAGAUUGUUAGAGAGAUUCUAUUCAUAGACAGAUCUUGUGUAGCAUUGUUUAAUGAUGGACAAAAAAGUGCAUGUUGUAUCGCCUAGGGCUAGAGCAGUCUGUUAUGGGCGAGUAAAGACACUAAGAAUAUAUCAGCCAAGCCGUAUGUACACUCCGGACUCAGUGGACCGGCCUCGUAUUGUCACUCAUGUGAGUGACGAUCAAGAUGACGAGAUGGACUGCCCUGGGAGUCUCUACGUACCCUGUGGCU